AAGUUCCCUUGCCCAUGUUAGGAGGUGUACGCCUUCUGAACUAAAGAUAGACACAGCUGCCCCUUCCAGACAGCUAAAAGCUUCCAGACUAAGAGGUCUUCCCCACUCGGCAGCCAGACUCCUUGAAAUACCCUUUCAGUAAUUCUACCAACGCUUCCAUGUCUCUACUCUGCCAUAACAAAGGCUGUGGGCAGCACUUUGACCCCAAUACCAAUCUUCCUGAUUCCUGUUGCCAUCACACUGGGAUUCCAAUCUUCCAUGAUGCACUUAAGGGUUGGUCCUGCUGCCGGAAGCGAACUGUAGAUUUCUCUGAGUUCUUAAACAUCAAGGGCUGUACUAUGGGACCACACUGUGCUGAGAAGCUCCCUGAAGCCCCUCAACUUGAGGGCCCUGGCACAAGCAGUUCAUUUCAGGAGCAAAAACUGACUACGAUUCCAAAGUCAGCAGAGACUUUGCGCCGGGAGAGGCCCAAGUCAGAGUUGCCACCAAAGCUGCUUCCGCUAAAUAUAUCCCAAGCCCUGGAAAUGGCAUUGGAAAAGAAGGAAUUAGACCAGGAAUCUGGAGCAGGACUUGACAGUAGUCUGAUUCAGACUGGUUCCAGCUGCCAGAACCCAGGAUGUGACGCUGUUUACCAAGGCCCUGAGAGUGAUGCUACUCCAUGUACUUACCACCCAGGAGCACCUCGAUUCCAUGAAGGGAUGAAGUCUUGGAGCUGUUGUGGCAUCCAGACCCUGGAUUUUGGGGCCUUCCUGGCACAGCCAGGAUGCAGAGUUGGUAGACAUGACUGGGGGAAGCAGCUACCAGCAUCUUGCCGUCAUGAUUGGCACCAGACAGAUUCCUUAGUAGUGGUGACUGUGUAUGGCCAGAUUCCACUUCCUGCAUUCAACUGGGUGAAGGCCAGUCAAACUGAGCUUCAUGUCCACAUUGUUUUUGAUGGUAACCGUGUGUUUCAAGCACAGAUGAAGCUCUGGGGGGUCAUAAACGUGGAGCUGAGCUCUGUCUCCUUGAUGCCAUCUCGGGUUGAAAUCUCCCUGGUGAAGGCUGACCCAGGAUCCUGGGCCCAGCUGGAGCACCCUGAUGCACUAGCUGAGAAGGCUAAGGCAGGGGUUGGGUUAGAGAUGGAUGAGGAAGAAUCUGAGGACUCAGAUGAUCUGAGCUGGACAGAGGAGGAGGACGAGGAGGAAGCAAUGGGGGAAUAGUGACACCAAACAAUCAAGUAUCUAGACAGGACCUCAAUAAAUCUCAUAGGAUCUCAGAGACCAGGAUAUGGUUGGCCAUGUGGUAUUGAGCAGCAGGAGGCUGAAGGAGGGGAGAACAAAAAUAUCCAAACCAUGCUGUUUGUUCUCUUAAAUAAAUCUGUUAUUCUACAGUUUCA